AUGCAAGCUCCGGCCGCCAAGCCACCUAAACAGAACCUUUCCAAAGAAGAGCGCUCUGCCAUCCAGGACCUCCGACGUGACCAAGCCAUCCACAUCCUUCAGGCUGACAAGGGCAACGCCACCAUUAUCAUGGACCAAGACGUAUACGAUGACAAGAUCGAAGAGAUUCUCCAAGACAAGGACACCUACUCCAAACUCAACAGAGACCCAACUCAGACCAACGAAAGGAAAAACAACCAACAACUGCUGACCCUACACCGAUCUGACGCACUACCUAAGGCACUCUACUUCCAAAUCAGAUCUUCUACAGCCAAGUCAACUAUCCUAUUCGGACAACCCAAGAUACACAAGCUUAACACUCCUCUCCGCCCCAUCAUCUCCAUCCGCGCGUCACCCUGCUAUGACACAGCACGCCAUCUGGCCAACAUCCUCCAGUCACUCGUAGGCCAGACCCAGCACCAUGUAACCAACUCCAAGCACUUCAUUGACGUCAUCUCCAAGACCAAGAUCCGGCCCUCCGACGCACUCGUCAGCUUUGGUGUCGUCUCCCUCUUCACCAGCGUACCUGUAGACCAAGCAUGUGACAUCAUCAAGCAACGCCUGAUCACCGACUCAGACCUCGCAUCCAGAACCAAUCUCACACCAGACCAGAUCCACGACCUCCUCCUCACCUGUCUCAACUCCAACUCCUUCAAAUGGCGCAACAACUACUACAAACAACUGCAAGGAGCAGCCAUGGGUUCACCUCUCUCACGAAUCAUCGCUAACAUCUUCAUAGAACAUUUCGAGCAUCAUACACUCAAGAUCACCAUGGAGACCCAACGCGACAACUCAAUUCCAUUUCUAGACGUUCUCAUCACUAAGACACCGUCUGGAUUCCCAUCUCACCAGGUGUACCGAAAACCCACCCACACAGACCGCUACCUCAAUUUCCGCUCACACCACCACCCGUCCAUCCACCAAUCAGUCGCCGACACUCAUCAGACGAGCCCACCAACUCAGCGACAAGGCACAUGGGCACAUUUACAACAGGAACUGAAGCACGUGGCCAAUGCACUCGCCACCACCAACCAUUACCCCAGGAGAAGGAUCAACACUCAACCGUCCAGCCACCAACCCAGCACCAACAGCACCGAAAACCCAUCCGAAACCAAGCCCAUCACCACCAUAGUAAUUCCCUACAUCGGCAAGACUUCACACCGACUACAACGUAUCCUUCACUCUGCCAACAUGAUCGUCAGACACAAAUCCUCUCGUAAGCUACACUCCAUCCUUCACUCUCACAAUCACCUUGGAGACCGGCUGCGCUCAUGGGUACAUGACACCUCGCUACAACCUACCCGACGAGUCCGCCGACCAACACGCACAGGACGCCAUCACUGA